UGUCCCAUUGUGGAAAUUUUCCUUCAAUUUCGGUCCCAUAGUCAAAUAGGAAGUGAGAGGAAAUCCCUGCAAAUUAAGGGAAUCCCUUGGACCAGUGUCUCCUUUGGAAGAUUUCCCCUCUAUUACUUUUCUGGGGACAACCCCAAAUUUGGGAUUUUCUUUAACUUUUAAUGAGGGGAGGACUGACAACUCAUGGGGCCCCCGGGCAAUAGGGGAUCAUGGGGCCCCUGUGUAUUUGCCAAAACUCAAAAAAGCCUAUCAAAAAGGUACCAGGGGCAUCUCAUGGGGCCCCCUACUGACCCCGGGCCCUCGGGCAGUGCCCGAGUUUACAAAUGGUCAGUCUGCCCCUGGUUGAUCACGAUCUGCUGA